AUGCACUGCAGAGUACGUCCGGCCAGUCUGAUGAUCAGGAAGAUGGCAUGCUCUGGGGUGGAGCCGCAGAUCCUUGUACAGUACUUAGUAUUACGAAAGGAUCUAUCUCAGGCUCCCUUUUCCUGGCCCACCGGCGCACUCGUAGCGCAGGCUUGUCACGCCGCCACAGCAGCCUUGCACCUUCACCGAGACCAUCCGCACACGGCAGCGUAUCUCGGGGAGCUGGGGCGCAUGCGCAAGGUGGUUCUCGAGGCUGCUGAUGAGACCACCUUGAAGGAGCUGGCUGAGACCCUGCAGCAGAAGAACAUCGACCACACGCUGUGGCUGGAGCAGCCGGAGAAUAUUGCCACGUGCAUUGCCCUGAGGCCAUACCCCAAGGAAGAAGUGAGCCAGUAUUUGAAGAAGUUCCGAUUGUUCAAGUGACUGAUGUUCUGGUAGAACUGAAAGUCAGUUGGGUCUGGGAGCCAAAUGGCCACCAUUCUGGAGCAUUGUGGAUUCCUUUCAAUGUUGAUAAACUCUUCUCUCUAGUUAUGGCGGUUUCUUAAGAGCCAGCACAAAUUCAAAUUAAAGCCCUCAUUAAUAAGCACCUGUACUAUCAUCAUUGUCAUCAUUGCCACCAAGUUCAAGUGAGGAGAGCUGACAAGCGUCACUAUUACCUGUGGGUCAUCGCUGACACACAGUAUGUUUUCUGUUAGGAAUAAUGGACUUCCGGUCACUCAGGUUUAAAAUGUUGCCUUUGAGUUCCUUACCUCCCCUCCCAUCUCCCUGCUCCCCAUUUCCCUCUUCUGGCCUCCGGUCUCUAGUGCCAUAAUAGAAUGCUUCUUUUCUUCCUCUUUCCUGACACUUCACUUAACACAUCACCUUCACAAAGUCUUACCAGCCGAGAAUUAUUCCCUUCUCUAAACAUCUGUACAUGACAAAACACUGUUCAAAAAUAUUUCUGUAAACAUUUGCAUGUGCAACAGAAAUUGAUUGAACAUUUGUGAAGCAAAGUUUAUUGUAAAGUGUGGGGCUUUUCUAUUGCCUCCCUUGUUCCUGAAUAAUGACAUGGA